ACAAAUAACUUCCGAUAGAUCGUGUCAGUAUUCAGUCACGAACAAUCAGCUGUUGUGAAAAUUUCUUGGGUGUUAGAAACUCAUUUCUGUGUAAUAUAUGUUAAAUUGUGUCUAUUUGGUAUAUAUUUUCGAAAUAAUGUGACCCUUGGGUGUUAUUUUGCGUUUUAUAACGGUUCCAGUGAAGAGGGAAUCUCCUGUUUAUUUUUAGAAACCCCAAUCCAAACAUAACAAUGGGGUUACUAUUUUCAAGAUUGUGGAGUUUAUUUACAAAUGAAGAACACAAAGUCAUCAUCGUUGGUCUGGACAAUGCUGGGAAGACAACCAUCUUGUAUCAGUUUUUAAUGAAUGAAGUUGUUCACACGUCUCCCACCAUAGGCAGUAAUGUAGAAGAGGUGAUUUGGAAGAAUAUUCACUUCCUGAUGUGGGACAUAGGAGGUCAGGAAACGCUGCGAUCGGCCUGGAACACGUACUACAGCAAUGCUCAAUUUGUUAUUCUGGUUGUGGAUUCCACAGACAGAGAAAGGUUGUCCAUCACAAAAGAGGAGCUGUGUAAAAUGCUGAACCACGAGGAUUUAAGGAAGGCAGCCAUUUUGGUAUUUGCGAACAAGCAAGACAUUAAAGGCUCCAUGUCUGCUGCCGAGAUUUCACAGCAUUUAAAUUUAACGUCCAUUAAAGACCAUCCCUGGCAUAUACAGGGCUGCUGUGCUCUUUCAGGAGAAGGGUUGUAUCAGGGCCUAGAGUGGAUCACCAGUAAACUUAAGGGACGGUGACCUUGACUGUUACAUAUAAACACUACAAGGUUAAAACAAAGCAUUGGAGGUCAAAGGUCAGCAGACAAGGUCAUUAGUAUUGCUUCUAUUUAUGUGUUCUUUUGUUCCUAGUCUGUUCAGCCCUCAGGAACUCACUUCAGAGUUUUGUUUGUAAGGAGCCUAAAUACUUAUUGAGAUACAUCAUUUUGAUUGCACAUUGUUAUGUAAAGCAUUGUUUGAUCCCAUGAUGGUUCAUAUUUGUUAACAUUGAAAAAAUUUUUACUUGGUAAAGACAUUAAUUUUAUUCUUCCUGCUGUUUUCUCAAGAGAUACUGUAUAGCAGGAAUUUUCAGUGGCUUGCUAUCUUUGGCUUAUUUAAGAAGUUUUGUAAAAGGCUUAAAAAAUUGAAAUCUGCAAAUUUGCACCCUUGAUUAUGAGAAUUGAAUAUAAGAAAAAUUGCUUUUGUUAAAUGUUAAAUCUUUCAUCUGAUGUUGGUUUUCAAUCAAACUCUUGCUUAAAUCAGUAAAUAUUAAAUAUACAACAUUCUUUAAAAAGGUUAACAUUCUUUUGCAACAACACAGAACUCUGUGGCCAUGAAAGAAAUUUUUGCCAAAAGCAAGCAGAUCGCCAAAUUUUGCACCUGCUGAAGAAACCCUCUUUAUGGUUUCAUAACAUUUAUUUUAAAAACUUCUUUUUAUAUGUUAUAUAGCAAGUUUGUGGUCAAAUCAGUUUCAUAUUGACUUUUGAGCCAAGUUUAAUUUAGUUCAAAAUGUUAUUAAUAUUUCUGUUAGACCAUUUUUAUAUUGAUAUUUUUAAGUGCUGAAUGCCAUUGUAACUUAUACAUAUGUAAAUGUGAGCUUUUUGUUUAAUGAAAAUGGUGCUUGAUAAUGCUUUGAAUCUACAAUUUUUAUUUUAAAUGCAAGAUAUGCCCAUGCCUAGCAAGCAAUUUUGGUUUUUAUUACAUUACCAAAUUAUUUCAAAGGAACAAGUUUUGAUAAAGAUCUGAAGUCAUUUGGGAAAAACAACUACCUCUAAGAAAGGGUAAAGAAAUUCAAACUCCUAGAUAAAAAAACAAGUGCUGUUCUAAUUAUGGAACUCAUUGAUGAAGUUGUUAAUUAUUAACUUGAAUAAGCCAUAUUGUCUUGAGCGAAUAAUCUGUUUUAAUAAGUAAAUCAAAGCUAAAUAGUGUAGAACAAGAAAAUCACUUCAUACUUUCUCCGUAUUUUCUGUGUAAGAGAUUUAAAAAUAGAAUUAGAUGGAUGAAUUCCAUGCAAUACCAGUACAUGUAUAUAAUUCUGCUCAGAGAUUUCAAGCCAAAAUCUAAUUGCCAGAUGUCCACAAAUCACAUUUAAAUAAAUAAUUUUAUUCCGAAAAAUAAUUAUUGAAGACUCCUUUUUUCUGCCACAUUUGCAGUAAUAUAUUAAUAAUUUCAGAAUACCUAAAUUAUAAUUCCUAGAUGCAUGUACUUUAUUAUUUGUUUUAGUUUUGAUUUAAGAUAAAGUGUGUCAAUUUUACUUUCCAGUUAACAUAUAAAAUUGUGAUAAUGCCAAAAGUUUAAUAUGUGUGAGAAAUGUUGAUUUGCUGCCAUUUUCUUGUAUUUAACAAUAAGGGACAAGCCUUCGUGUUAUAUAGUGAGAUUGGUAAAACAUAUUGAUCAUUCUAAUUAAGAAAGCUCCAAGUACAAGACAAUUGUAUUCAGACUUUUGUUAAAACUCGAUCAUAUAAAGGUGUACAUUAAUUCAAUUAUUCUAGUUUAAUUCAACAUUUGGUAUCUGACAUAUUUCUCCAGGAAAAAAAAUUCAAAUUAGCGAUCAAAAGUAAAUAACUGAUGUGUACAUGUAUUAGAUGAAUAAAUGUAAAAAAAAAAUUUUUUUCAAUGACUCUAUCAUAAUCUUUAUAUAUAAUGUUAAGGAUACUUUGAUCAAUUUUCAAACUGUGUCAUUUACUAUUAAGAUCUUUUUAUUCUAUUUUACACUAGUACCCUACACUUAUCAGUUUAUACAGGUUCCUCAACAAAUAAUUCAUAUAUGAAACAGAUUUUUUUCCCUAUAUUUA